CUUAAAAUUAACAGAGGGGACAAAGAUGGCGGCCACAAUACAUAAACAUUGCAAACUAGGCGAAAUUUCGAAAAUAUUAUUUUUAUCUCAGGGAAGAGUAAGAUUAAUUAUAUAAAAUAUAUAUAUAUAUUAAUUAAUAAAUGCGUGAUUCGGUCCGAUUAGCUACCACAUUAGUAGUGAUAGUAGACUUAGUCAUCGUAUUAUUAUUUAUAUAAUAUAGUCAUACGAAAAAUUUCGUUUGUUUUUAGUUUUUGUUUUUAUUGAUCAAAAUAGAUAUGUUUUUUUAAUGAAUUUAUUUAUGACAUUGUACAUUGUUUAUUUCAGCACAUAUAUAAAUAAUCCAAGACAACAUUUUUAAAACUUAAAAAUUAGGGCAAUAUUAAAUAUAGUAUAAAAUUAGGGCAAAUUUAAACAAUUUAAAAAAUGUGUAAUUAUGAAGAAUUAUAUUAUAUGAAUCAUUAUAAUUAAUAAAUUAUAAAUUAAAGAAAAAUGAGAAGACAACAGAAUUUGAGAUUGAUUAUGCAUGCUGCAUAGUAAUAGUAUAGUUCUCCCCCAAGGCCAAGGUAACAAUGAAGUUUUAAAAAUAUAAAUCAGUGAAAACGGUUGCAUGCAAAUAGGAAGGGAAAAGAUCAUAGUCAUACUAUGACUCAUGGUGUAGCUUGAGCAAAACUGUCUUUUUCAGUUUGCGCUUAGUGCACAUCCACAGCCACAUGUUUUAAACAUUCCCUGUGUAGACACCAGUUUCAUUUGUAUCAACAACAUUUUUUGGAUGGACAACAAAGUGUUGAUAGAUUUCGUGUCUGAUCUAGUUGUUGUUUGCUUAAACCAACGACAUCCCAUACAAUACUACAGUUACAGGAGCCUUUAACUGUAAUAGUAAUAUCUCUCUAUGCAUCUCUGUUAAGUGAUCAUAAGUCGGUCAGGCACUUGAAUGGUAAAACAGCACCCACUCUGUCUAUACCGAAAACCAAGUCGCCCGCUCUCAUCUGUACUAUUAAUGGACAUCAAUAAAACAAUAAGCGUUUAAAUAGCACUUCAAACCAGAACAACAGAAUUAUUUUCAUAACAGACGCUAAAGUUGUAGCUUACCAUCAAUACUUAAUCAAUUAUUUUCUUGAUCACUGUUCUGAUAUGCCAUGAUUCUUUUAAAUCAUGCUAAAAAUUAUUGCUUGGAUGCUGAAAUUGGAAAGACAUCAUUCAAAUUAUCAUUGUUAUUGUAAAGUGUAGUUAUUGUAGGGUGCUGGGUGGCUGAGUGGUCUAAACUGAGCGAUCUAAUCUGGAGUUCAAUCCCCACCAAAGCCCAGCCAAGCAAAAACAACAUCACCUCGUGAUGGGACUCGUUAACCUUAGAUGGCAACUCAUCUAAGAGAAGGAAACUCUGAAUUCAAAACCUGGAGAUGGAAUCCCUUUGGCGGAUAAUAUUGGUACAAUGAAACAUUCCGACAACUCCUGUGACGCCACUGGUGCCAAGCUGUAUCAUCCACAUGAUAACCCCUUGUGUUAUCCAGCGGCUUGGAGUUUUGUUGGGAUGCUUUCUGAUGACAGAAGCAUAUAAUCCUACGAAGACCACACCACAUUGUGGUGGAUGGAUGCCUGCAAAAAAAAUUUAAAAAUUUAAUAGCAAAACAAGGGGUCCAUCUUUGAGGCUCCUUUUCCACUAAGCAUUAGAAUUUUGAAGUUUGAGUCUUAAUCUUAACAUUCUGUUCAGCUCACUACAUUGACUUUGAUUCUCUCACUUUUGUUUAUUUAUUUCGUGAAUUGUUCCUAGACUAGAGUUAACUUUAAUUUUUUGACACGGAUUGAACGUUUUAAAUUAUUAUUUCAUUGGUUAUUUAGGGGUAAUUUUACACUCAAUUUGGGGGUUGGGGGGGGGGGGGUGGAUAUUUAGGGGGAAUUUAUACUUUAGUUAGGGAUACUGACUUAGCAUUAAGGUUAGGUAGAUUAGUAGAUUUAUGAUUGAAGAUAUUCUAAAAAAAUUGUUUCAUUAAAUUUUAACAUUUUAUUCCUAAUUUUCUUUUCUCUUUGUAAGUAGCUAAAACAACAUAUUCUCUCUUGGUCCCCUCCCCAUUUUACCCAGGCGUGUGUUUACUCUACUUUCUUUUGUUUUUACAAGUCCAUCAUUUUGGUUGCCAUGACAUGUCUGCCUUCAUGGCAAUCAAGAUGGCAGCCAUAGGAAAUAAGUGCCUCACCAAACCGCAAUAUACCGACCACCACAGCCUUCAAAACUGCACUCAAAACACAUCUCUUUAAACUCUACUAUCCUGACUGAUCCCCCCCCUCAAACCGAUAAACGAUACUGCUGGGUGCCGUCCACGGCUUGACAUGUCAAUAGUUCUGGAAUGGGUGGAGUCAAUAUACAUUUGUUUUGUUUUAUUUCAUUAAUGUAUGUUAAUUACUGUUUUUAAAUUCAUGAUGAUGUUUGUUAAAUUGUAUGUACAACUUAGUGAGCCCAGCCCUAGGCUUGGGUACAAGUCUAUAUAAAACCACUAAUGAUAAUAAGAAUAAUGAUUUCUCCCACACCUCUCUCUAAACUCUAACGGUAGCUCGUUUGAUUGACUCUGCGUCAUUUGAGUGUCUCAGUGAUUCUUAUUCAAAAUCACACUGAUGUGAAUUGAUGCCAAACUGUUUUGAAUAGAUAUCUUAUUUACUCAUCACUAGGGGAAUCCAUAAAGUAUGUCACCUCCAAGGGACUUUAAUAGUUUGACAGUUAUUUAAAAAAGGGGUUGGGGGGGGGGGGAUUAAAGAUUGUGAUGUCAAACAUUUUUUAUUUUUUUAUCACACAUCUAAAAUCUGAAAUUGACAAUGAUGUUUAACUGUGACUUCUGUGAUGGAUGUUCUCUGCUGACAGAAGAUGUCACUUUUAUACAUUGAAUAGUGGAGUGUGGUUUAGAUUUAAUUUAUUUAGCUUUUAAUUUUUUAACAAUUUCUUAGUUAAAAAAUUUGACAUGUUUAGAAGGGGGGUAAUGAGAUUUAUGAAAGGUUGCCGCAGGGGGAGGGCGGGGGUAAAAUUGUCCAACAAUAGGGUGACAUACUUUAUGGAAGGCCCCUAGUAAUAGAUUUUAAAUACAAUUAAGUAAAAAGUGAAAUGCAUCCCCUUGACCCUUUUCAAGGAAUGGCAAGUGCCCAUGUCCAUGUACCACUAUUUCAGAUCGGUGCUCUAAUAGCAUUAUUACUAAUUUAUCAUUUAUUGUAUUUUCUUUAUUGACUUAUUUAUAAUUCAGGUAAAACCAUGUCAUUCCAUGAUGCACAUUAUUUAAACAUUUAAAAUUAAGAAUUCAAGUGAUUAGCAGUGGGAAAAAAAUAUUAUAAAAAGACCCAUUCACAGUGCCAGCGUCUGAAAAAAAAAAAUAAUAAUAAAGUUUAUUUAAAAAACACGCUUCAUCCCCAAAAGCUCGAAGCGCGGUACAAAGUCAACCCUAUUAAAAAGAGAAAUAAAAACAAUCUGAAAUUUACCACAUUUAAAAAACAGACGCAACAAUAUAAAGCUACAUACGAGCAUACCCAGUCAAAGUCUUUCAUCACGUUUCAACCAUAAGUAACACAUGCCAAUAAACAUUAACUGAAAAAAGAUGGUAGAUAGCAUCACCCCAGAAGAUGUUUGCGAAAUAGAUGUUUUUUUAAAUCGGUUUUAAAGGACUUCAAUGUCUGGCUGUUUCUGAGAGCGACUGGAAGGGCGUUCCAAAUUGUUGGGCCUGCAAAUGCAAAAGUGCGCUUUCCGUAAGUCAAGGCGAACACACGGUAUCAAUAUUUUGCCACUGUCGGAUGAGCGGAGCUCUCUAGUGGGUACAUAAGGCGUCAUGAGUGCUUUGAGAUAAGAUGGCGCCAGGUCAUGUAAGCAGCAGUAGCACAAAGUUGCAAUUUUGUACUCUAUGCUAGCGCGGACCGGCAGCCAGUGCAGCUCUCUCAGUAGUAUUUUAGCAUGGUCGAAUUCACGUUGGUGAAGAACAAUGCGAGCCGCAUUAUUCUGUGCUCUUUGAAGUUUAUCCAGGAGCGUAGCUGGGAGACCCACCAUGAAAGCAUUGCAGUAGUCCAUACGUGAUCACACAAAUGCAGACAUCAGCCUCUUUGAUGCAUCAUACGUUAACAAAGGUCUGAUAUGACUAAUCCUGCGCAGCUCUUGAAAAAUCGCCUUGCAAAGCAUGUUAAUGUGAUUUUCCAUAGUUGGUGUUCUGUCUAAAUAGACACCCAGGUCUCGCACUGUUUGAGCAAACUCAAUCUGCAUACCUGAGAGAGUAAGUGAUGUUGUGUUUUUUACAGAUUUUUGUUUCUCAGCAGUGGCAAUGGGGAUCAGCUCAGUCUUUUCAGCAUUCAAUUUGAGCUUGUUUAUGGUCAUCCAGUGCUUAACUAACUCCACUGUCUUCUGUGUUGUACUAAGAAAUUGAGGGAACUGAUUCAACGGAUUGUUGAAGUUGUGUAUCAUCCGCGAACAUGUGAUACAGCAUGUGAAAUUGCUUGAUCACUGCACCCAGUGGCUGAACGUACAUAGUGAAAAGCAUCGGGCCUAGGACCGAGCCCUGGGGUACUCCGAAUUCAAUUAUAGAUUGCUUGGAGGUCAAGCCGCUUGAAAUAACUGACUGGACCCGAUUUGUUACAUACGAGUGAAACCAUCUCAGAACAGUAUGUCAUCUCAGGACGAAUGUUUUUUGCAGAUGCUGGAGCAGUAUGCCGUGGUCAAGCAUAUCGAAAGCUGCAGAUAAAUCGAGUAAAGACAAAAUGGAUACCUUGCCCUCAUCACAAGACGACAGAAUGUCGUUUAUGACGCGCAACAGGGCUGUCUCAGUAGAAAGACCCAUUCACAGUGCAAGUGUCUGACACAAGAAUGCUGUACCUGGUGAUAGUUAAUUUCAAAACUUGUUUGUUGUUUUUCUCAGAGCGGCUUCUCAAAUGUAUCAUGUGGAUCUGUGACAGUACGACAGUAUUCAAAUAUCUCAAAGGAUAAAAAAGAAAUUAUUGCGGAAGGGCCUGGACUGGAAGACUUCAUAGCUGGAAAUAUACCAGACUAUGAUGGGGAAGGAAGCAUAAAACGUAUUAAAGGAGAAAGGUAUUGAGUUUUUAUUUCUUUCAUUAGCAAUAAGUUAAGAAGUGUAUAUGGCAUCAUUUUGAUGCUAGUUUUUAACCUAUAUUAUCAGUAAGUUAAAUGAGUGUAUGUGAUGAUCAUUUGGAUGUUAAUUUAGUGUUAAAUGAGUGUAUGUGAUGGUCAUCUGGAUGUUUAUUUAGUGUUAAAUGAUUGUAUGUGAUGGUCUGGUCAUUUAUUCUUCAAAUUUUUUUCUUCAUCCAGUCUUUUGGUUUGUUUAUUUACAAAUUGAGUUUUAAUUUUACUCAAAUGACAGACUCAGACUUCCAGAGUGGCUCAAGACAGAAAUCCCCGUAGGGAAAAACUACAUCGCGUUAAAACAAUCGUUGAAGAAACUAAAUUUACACACAGUAAGUUCACAAUUUAAUUCUAGAUACAUUUUACAAAUCUCAUAUAACAAAAGACUAUACAAAUUUUCAACUAAAGAUUUUACAAAAUUAGAUGUAUAUGUAGGAAGCAUUCUAUUUUUAUAAAAUGGGAUAAAAAUAUUAAAAAUCACUACAAUUCUUUUUUUUUUUUUUUAAAAGUGAAAUUUUGCAUUUUAAAAUAAGAAUUGAGUGCCAUUGUACCUAUAAUUAACAAAACUUUUUUUGUUGUUGCUGCUAUUGCUUCGUUUAGCUGCUAUUGCUUCGUUUAGAAGGUGAUCUCUUAAUAAAUUUAAAAUAUAAAUUCUCAUAUUAACCAGGAGAGUAAAGUUUAAUUUAACAAUUAACAAAAUUAUAUGCACACGUUUGUUUUUAAUGUGGAUGAAUACAUCUUCUAUUUGUACCGCCAGGUUUGUGAAGAGGCCAAGUGCCCUAACAUUGGGGAAUGCUGGGGUGGUGGGGAACAUGCCACUGCUACAGCUACAAUCAUGGUAAUACCAAUACUGACAUAGACAAUACUUACAUAGACAAUACUUACAUAGACAAUACUUACACAGACAGUACUUACACAGACAAUACUUACAUAGACAAUACUUACACAGACAAUACUUACAUAGACAAUACCAACAAAAGAAAUGAUUAAAAACUUUUUAUUUUUAAACAUCAAUAUUUAAAGUGGAUUGAAUUAUGCUCCAAGAUCUUUCUAAAUGUUAACCAAGUAAAAGUGACAUCUCCCAUAUUGUUGUAGCAAUAUUUUGUGUUGUAAAAUAGAGUAUCUUAACCCAGACUAUGGAUAGAAAUGAAAAUAGAAUGAAAACUGUUUUUAUAAAUAUUUCAUUGAUGGUUUUAAAAGAUCACAAUUAAUGUUGGGAACCACAAUGGGGAACAAAUACAAUUUAAAAAUAGUUAUUUACUAUUUGAGCAGUUUGUUAUUAAAGUAAAAAAUGGGAUGAUGCUAUAGUAUGGCCUAUGUCUGGACCUGAUUUUACUUCAAUGUAGAGCUAAGUUGUCCACCACUCCCCUCCCCUAUUUUGUUUUGAUAUUGGCCUCUCUGAUGACAUGUGUAGCACCAAUCCUUUUUACCCAUUCCUUUCCUUGGUUAGUAAAAGGUUGUUUACGUUAGAAUCCAUUCUAUUUGUUCUAAAGACUGAAAUCAGGUGACACAAUUUCUUGAAUUUCCUUUCUGGAGUGUUCUAACUUACUCCCUAUAUAUAAACCAGUAGCUUUAGUUGCCAGAGAGAGAAUAUUGCUAGACAUUUAAGAGAGAAAAAUCACGUACCAGAUUGUACUCCUUAUGUGUGUGUAUUUUAAUUGGUAUAUUUCGAGCAUUGCACUUUUUCACUUACUGUGCUGUAAAUUACAAUAGUUUUUAUUUCUGUCUUGUUGAUUUUUUUUAAUAUAAUUCUAAUGACAUAAUUGACUUGAAUAUUGUUAGUAUCAUUAGCUGUGGUGUUUCUUUGUAUACUGGUUUUCUGUUAUUUGCUACAUAUAUUUCAUUUAACGAGCCAAAUCUUAAAACAGAUUUAAGUUUCAAAACCACAGCAUGUAACAGUUCAUAUAUAAAGAUGCAUUCAAUACUGUAACAGUUGAGAUAUAAAGAUGCAUUCAACAGUUGCAUUAUGUUUUGACCUUCCACCUUUGUGUGUAUAUGUGGCUGUGUUCAGGUCUUGGGUGACCAGUGCACCAGAGGCUGUAGGUUCUGCUCAGUGAAGACCGCGCGCAACCCACCGCCACCAGAUCCCAUGGAGCCUGUAAACACAGCCACGGCCAUCUCUGAGUGGGGCCUGGACUAUGUGGUCCUUACAUCAGUUGACAGAGAUGGUAACACAAUCUUUUGUAACAUGCAUUAUUCAGCACAUCAUUCCAUUCUAACAUUUAUUGUUGAACAACUAUUUGAACAUCUAUUUUAACUUACAUUAUUCAAAACAUAAUUCCCUUUGAAACAUAGAAAAAUAUUCACUACUUUUUAAACAUUUUAUUAGCUUUACACUUCUUAUUUCUUGUUUAACGUAAAGUGCAAGAAUGUUUUUUCCAUAAAUCAAAUACUGAUAGUGGAAAUGAAGUUUUAAAAUAAAAUAAAACUACCUCUAAAUUUACUUUUGACAAUAGCUUAGUGCCAGUACAUCAGUAAUGAGACUAAUUUAAACAUGUGAUUUGAUUGGUCUGUUUGCUCCCAGUGAUAGUUGUGGCUCUAUAUUGCUGAAGAUACCAGUGAUGUAUCAGGUUAAUUAUUUGCUGUCAUGUCUAUCCCUGACCUGACAAAGUAGCUCUCAGUCUCAAACUAUUUUGAAAAUAUUGUUAUUUAGUGUAAGAAAUGAUGUCAUUUCCUUGUUGUAUCAGAUCUCCCUGAUGGUGGCGCAGCUCAUUUUGCACAAACAGUUCGAGAAAUAAAAUCAAGGUAAUAUAAGUCAUAUUGGCAGCCAAGGUCUAGGUAAUAUAAGUGGUAGUGACAUCCAAGAUCUAGGUAAUAUAAGUGAUAUUGGCAGCCAAGAUCUAGGUAAUAUAAUUGGUAGUGACAUCCAAGAUUUAGGUAAUACAAGUGGUAGUGACAGUCAAGAUCUAGGUAAUAUAAGUCCUGGUAGUGACAGUCAAGAUCUAGUUAAUAUAAGUGAUAUUGACAUCCAAGAUUUAGGUAAUAUAAGUGAUAGUGACAGUCAAGAUCUAGUUAAUAUAAGUGAUAUUGGCAGCCAAGAUCUAGGUAAUAUAAUUGGUAGUGACAUCCAAGAUUUAGUUAAUAAAAGUGGUAGUGACAGUCAAGAUCUAGGUAAUAUAAGUCCUGGUAGUGACAGUCAAGAUCUAGUAAAUAUAAGUGAUAUUGGCAGCCAAGGUCUAGGUUAUAUAAUUGGUAGUGACAUCCAAGAUUUAGGUAAUAAAAGUGGUAGUGACAGUCAAGAUCUAGGUAAUAUAAGUCCUGGUAGUGACAGUCAAGAUCUAGUUAAUAUAAGUGAUAUUGGCAGCCAAGAUCUAGGUAAUAUAAUUGGUAGUGACAUCCAAGAUUUAGGUAAUAAAAGUGGUAAUGACAGUCAAGAUCUAGGUAAUAUAAGUUCUGGUAUUGACAGUCAAGAUCUAGUUAAUAUAAGUGAUAUUGGCAGCCAAGAUCUAGGUAAUAUAAUUGGUAGUGACAUCCAAGAUUUUGGUAAUAUAAGUGAUAGUGACAGUCAAGAUCUAGGUAAUAUAAGUCCUGGUAGUGACAGUCAAGAUCUAGUUAAUAUAAGUUAUAGUGACUGUCAAGAUCUAGGUAAUAUAAGUGGUACUGACAGGCAAGAUCCAAGUAGUUUUGCUUCAUUGUUAUAGACGUGCUUUGCAACCAUAAUAUUUUGUUUGUUAUAUUAACAUGUCGUUAUUGUUAAUAGUUACUAUUAUUGUACAGCUAUAAAAGUUUGUUUGCUAUAGAAGCCUUUUUAUUGAUGUAAUCAAAUGUUUCACCACAACUAAGAUGGUACAGUUAAGAUAACGUGACAUGACGUGGCAGUGACUCAAUCACAAACUCCAAUCAUGCCAUGGCAGUGACUCAAUCACAAACUCCAAUCAUGCCAUGGCAGUGACUCAAUCACAAACUCCAAUCAUGCCAUGGCAGUGACUCAAUCACAAACUCCAAUCAUGCCAUGGCAUUGACUCAAUCACAAACUCCAAUCAUGCCAUGGCAGUGACUCAAUCACAAACUCCAAUCAUGCCAUGGCAGUGACUCAAUCACAAACUCCAAUCAUGCCAUGGCAGUGACUCAAUCACAAACUCCAAUCAUGCCAUGUCAGUGACUCAAUCACAAACUCCAAUCAUGACAUGGCAUUGACUCAGUCACAAACUCCAAUUAUGCCAUGGCAUUGACUCAAUCACAAACUCCAAUCAUGCCAUGGCAUUGACUCAAUCACAAACUCCAAUGUUAGUGUUACUUAUUCCGGAAGUGCUCACAUUUUUCUUUUAUUUCCAGAAGCCCUCAUAUCCUGGUGGAGUGCCUCACACCAGACUUCAGGGGAGACAUGGAGGCAGUCACUGUUGUGGCAGACUCUGGUCUUGAUGUGUAUGCACAUAAUGUGGAGACGGUAGAAAGCUUGCAGUGGUGAGUGGUCAGUUAGCGGGUUGGUUGGGUCAGUUCAUUGAUCUUAGCAUUAAUGGCGAACACUUAAGUUUUUGAACUGCAGUCUAUUACCUGUUGUUCCUUCAUUUGUGCUGUCUGCUUAGGAAGGUUCUUAGCCGAAACGGUCUACUUUUAUUUUCCUGUCUUUAUAUUCCACAUACCUUGUCCCACUCAUUCCUUCACAUAGCUUAAACGCAGUCCUUCAUUUAUUGAUUGCAUGGGGAAACAAGUUUGUGAGUCAGAUUGAAUGGGUAGACAAGUUUGUGGGUCAGUUUGUUGAGUUGCUGAGUUUGUGGGUCAGAUUGUAUGGGCAGACAAGUUUGUGGGUCAGAUUGUAUGGGUAGACAAGUUUGUGGGUCAGAUUGUAUGGGUAGACAAGUUUGUGGGUCAGAUUGUAUGGGUAGACAAGUUUGUGGAUCAGUUUGUUAAGUAGCUGAGUUUGUGGGUCAGAUUGGUGUAACUGGAGCUUGGAGGGAGGGGGGUGGGUAGGGCUAGUGUUUAGAAGCUAUUCAUCAGUAGAUUUAUUGGUGAUCAGUUCCUGUAUGUGUACUCUAUUUAACUAUUUGAAUACAACAUAUAUUAAAUACCAAGACAAUCUGGUGUAUAGCCUCUGGUUCUGAAACAGGUCAAAAUGGUUGUAACCAAUCCUUAUAUUCUAUAGCCAUCAUUAAAUUUCAGAUCUUGCAAUGACAUUAAGCUUUACAUGUAUUUAAAGUCCACUAGUGUAAAUUCUAAGACUUACUUUGUCUUUAACCUUCAGGCUGGUGAGGGACCCUCGAGCCAACUACCAUCAGUCAUUAUCAGUGUUGAAACAUGUCAAGUCCAGGUACCCUAAAAUGGUGACCAAAACAUCCAUCAUGCUAGGUCUGGGUGAAACAGAUGACCAGAUUAUGAAAACACUUGAAGGUACAUAAAAUGCAUCAUCUAUUAAUAGAUGUUUGAAACAAACACCCACCCCCACCCCCCAACCAGAUUCCAAGUUAGGUCUUAAACAUUGUCUUAUAAUUUAAACAUAAGGUUGUGCCCCCUCACUGCAUUUAAACAUAAUUUUCCUCUUGACCUGCAUGUUUUAUUUUUACAACUUAUUCAUGGACCUAAACAAAUGAAAUAAUGGAGUGCAGGAAGAACUCUUUGAGUUUCAUUUUAUUUCAUUUAGGGAUCAAUAACAUAGUUUUGGGUUCACAAAUUAAUUAAUUUUUUUUUUAUUCACUUACUAUACAACUCUAUUGAAAGAUUUUCAUAUGUCCAUGAGAGGAGAGAAAAAUGAUUAAGAGUAGAAGUAUAAAUUUUAAUUAAAAAACAAUAUUAUUGGGUCUGUUUUAAUUGGCCCUACUCAACUCACAGGACUAGAGUUUAGAAACAACAAACAUGAUUUUGGAACAACCCAAAUAGGAAAAAGUAUGUAGCCUGCAGGGGCAAGCUACUCCGUUUAACACAAAUUUGGAAGUACCCCAUAGAGAGCGGUUUUGUUUUCUCUUAUUUUCAUAUUUUAUUUAUCUCAGUAAUCAAUGACCCUGUACAUGCAAUUAUAAAUAUCUUGAUAAGUGAUGACAUAUACAUGCAAUUAUAACUAUCUCACUAAGUUAAGUGGCCCUAUAUAUGAAAUUACAAAUAGAUAAAAUAACUUUCUAACUAUUUCAGAUUUAAGAAUGAUUGAUGUAGACUGCUUGACCCUGGGCCAGUACAUGCAGCCAACCAAGAGACAUUUGAAGGUAAACUACACUAUAUGUCUUCUAUUGAAUCACUGCAGGUUUUUAUCAAGUCAGGUAAGCUACACUAGAUUUCUUCUAUUGAAUCACUGCAGGUUUUUAUCAAGUCAGGUAAGCUACACUAGAUUUCUUCUAUUGAAUCACUCUAGGUUUUAUCAAGUCAGGUAAGCUACGCUAGAUUUCUUCUAUUGAAUCACUGCAGGUUUUUAUCAAGUCAGGUAAGCUACACUAGAUUUCUUCUAUUGAAUCACUUUAGAUUUUAUCAAGUCAGGCUUAGAUGUCCUCACGGAAACAAUUUUUAGUGGGACAUUUUGAAGAAAAAAAUCAUUUUGAGAUGGUUCUCAUUGCUUAAUCCUAUGUUAAAAAAACAGUGCUACCCAUGGAGUAAGAAAUAUACAUUCUAUUGGGCACACGUUUAUACAUUAUUUUUAUAUAAAUAAAAUUAUUUGAAUAAAUUAGAACCAAGUCAUCUACAUUGACUUGUCUAAAGUAAGUGAGAUACAAAGGCAACAUGCAGCUCAACAGCAGGGGGGAAAUGGCAAGUGUAACAGAAAGAGAGAUAACUGCCAUUGUUAUAUGCCUAUCCAGAAGGGAGGUUCCCGCUUGGGCUCUGACCCGUGUGAGGGAGUGCCGGGGAAGGGGUAUUAUGAGUGCAAACUCGACGACCCACCGACACCAUCUCCAAAGUGACGUUGUAUGCGUAUGUAACAUUUAGCAUAGAUGGAAGGGAAUGGUUACAUCCCUCCUAAAACUGACUUAGCACAUCAGACCAACUGACUUAGUCCAUCAGACCAACUAACUUAGUCCAUCAGACCAACUGACUUAGUCCAUCAGACCAACUUUGAAGUGACAGUCAAAUGUUAUUGACCCAGACUAAUCAUGGUUUAUUUCUAUCUUCAUUAUAUUGAAAUCACAGUUUUCCACAGGUCUUGUGACAGGUUACUGUCAUGGCACCCACAAGGUGAUGUUUUGAAACAUGUUUUUAUUCGUGUUUAGAGAUUGGAAUGCUUUUACUUGAAAUCAUAUUGUAAGUCUCCCUUUGCAAAAAAAAAAUAAAAUAAUUUUCUGAAAAUCCUGUACGCAUUUUCAUUGCUUCUUAAUUCGGAUAUUCUGAUUAUCUAUAUCUUACAAUAACAUAUAAUUUUUAUGUUUACAGACGUCCCUCGCCAUAUAGCGGUUCACUUUUCUCGGUCUUACUGUAUUGCAUAUAUUUUACUUUUACCUAAUUUUGUAUCAUAGAUUUUCGUCGAUAUCGCGUGAUUUUGGGGCAUACAGAUAUUUUUGAAUACUAUACAAUUAUUUUACUUAUUUUUGCGGUUGAAUAUGCAUUUGGAUGUCUAAAGAAUGGAGAAUAAAAAAUUAGUUAAAACAUAUUAAACGAAUUUAAAUCAAAAUAAAAUACGUAGCUUACAGCAGAUGAGUAGACAAAGACUGGCAUAUAUGGAAAACAGCUACGACACACUAUUGGCUGAUUGAUGCGACGGGACCAACCGGAGUAAUGUCACUAUUGGCUGAUUGAUAGGACGGGACCAACUGGAGCAAUGUGUUAUGCUCCAUGAAAAUUACUUGGGUUGAAAAGUGUAGAAAGGGUUUUAGAGGAUAGGUAGUGUUUAUAAAUUAUUGAUAAAUUAUGAAUUAAAUAUAAAGUUGUACUUUGCAGAUUUGUGCCUGUCGUGUGGGGUUAUGGAACCUAACCCCAGCAAUAGACAAGCGACCACUGUAUUAUUUAGUAGUAUUUUGAGAUAUCUGUAUAAGUUCCACCUUAUUUUAACCUCAGGUUAAAGAAUAUGUCCACCCUGACAAAUUUGACUACUGGCAACAGAUUGGUGACAAGCUUGGGUUUGUGUACACAGCAAGUGGUCCACUGGUCAGGUCAUCCUACAAAGCAGGUCAGUAGGACACAUAAGGGGUUAGCAUCCUAUCUUGUUGUCCACCAUUCAGUUUUUUGUCAAGUCAAGUUUAUGAGUAGUGCUGCUUCUAACAAAUUCUUCUAUGCCUAAGAAAUGGAGGUAUCACCAUGUUGAUCAGUUGAUCACAAUGAUUCACCAUGUUGAUCAGUUGAUCACAAUGAUUCGCCUUGUUAUUCAGUUGAUCACAAUGAUUCGCCUUGUUGAUCAGUUGAUCACAAUGAUUCACCAUGUUGAUCAGUUGAUCACAAUGAUUCGCCUUGUUGAUCAGUUGAUCACAAUGAUUCACCAUGUUGAUCAGUUGAUCACAAUGAUUCGCCUUGUUAAUCAGUUGAUCACAAUGAUUCGCCUUGUUAAUCAGUUGAUCACAAUGAUUCACCAUGUUGAUCAGUUAAUGACCAUAUUAUUAACACUUUUUAGUCUUUAGAGAACCGGUUAAUGCUAUUUGUAUGGCAGAGCUGAGGUUAUAAACGGUUACUGUAAAACUCAUCUCUUAUCAAAUCAAAAGUCAGUAGAAAUAACCAGAAAUAAUACUAAUGAUGCAAAACUGUUUGAUGUCGUGCUGUGUGAUGUAGUGCUGUGUGUGUGAUGUAGUGCUGUGUGUGUGAUGUAGUGCUGUGUGAUGUAGUGCUGUGUGAUGUAGUGCUGUGUGUUGUAGUGCUGUGUGUUGUAGUGCUGUGGGAUGUAGUGCUGUGUGAGGUAGUGCUGUGUCAUGUAGUGUGUGUGUUGUAGUGCUGUGUGUUGUACUGCUGUGUGUUGUAUGGCUGUGUAUUGUAGUGAUGUAGUGCUGUCUAUUGUAGUGCUUUAAUUUGGAUGGUGCUCUGUUUCAUGAUGAAAUAGUAAACUAAUGUUAUUUGUAUAAUGGCUUAUUUGUGUGAGUAUUCUGAAAGCUGUCACAUUAUUCUGAUGGCAAGAUCAUCGAGAGUUCCAACAGAAACUGUUUUUUAUGUAACUCAGUUUUUUUAAAUAUUUUCAAAGUUACAAUUUCUGUUUUGGAAUAUGACUUUUUUUUUUUUAAAUCCUAGGAGAAUUCUUCCUGAAGAAUCUACUAGAAAAGAGAAAAUCAGAAUCCUAACAGUUGACGGACGGCAAACCUUGAGUGAAAAUAUUUGGAAUAAAAGUUCCAUCAUGUGUGAAACCCCAGGAAGGGAUAAGAGCAGAUAACUGUAUACAGAUAUUAAAUUAUUUCCACACUGCAGUUGUUUUGUCUUUUCAAUAACAGAUUUCAAAUUAAAGUCCCGGUUUCAAAUGAGUGCAAUGUUGUAUUUGAACCGUCUGAAUUGUAUUCAUUGUUCAUGGAAUACAGUUUUGUUGGUGGGAUUGGAGGACAAAGUUCACAAGAACAAGAAACUGUAGUAUGGACAUUUAUUUAUUUUUGUCAACAUAAUUGUAUGAAAUACAAAGCUAAA